UAGCACGAAGCGCGCCUACCAGACCAAAAAAUUCCUACCAAACUCAUCCCUAUUUAGACUCCUACCAAACCACUGUGAGGUGCAACGCAGCGAACACCCGAAGCAGCCUCUCUCCGACGGCCGUCAAACUCUACGAUGGAUUCUCCCCAAGACGUUUUGCUUGCUUCUGAGGGCCUGCGCGUGGGAUUUGAUGAUGUGAGGAGGAGUUCGACCCUAAUUUGUGCUCCGAUAAUGGCGGAGUCCGUUGAUAAGAUGGUGGUUGAUAUGGGCAAUGCCAAAGCCCUUGGUGCUGACCUUGUGGAGAUUAGAUUGGAUCAUUUAAAAAGCUUCAAUUGCAGUGAACAUCUCAAGAUCCUUAUUAAAGAAUCCCCUUUGCCGACGCUUAUCACAUACAGACCAAAGUGGGAAGGUGGUCAGUAUGAUGGCGAUGAAAAAUAUCGACUGGAUGCACUUCGAUUAGCAAUGGAGCUUGGAGCUGAUUACAUUGAUGUUGAGCUUCAGGUUGCUCAUGCAUUCAUUGAUUCCAUAUAUGGGAAGAAGCCUGAAAAGUUUAAAGUUAUUGUCUCUUCUCACAACUAUCAAGAAACUCCAUCAGUUGAGGCUCUUGGAAAUCUUGUUGCAAGAAUACAAGCCACUGGAGCUGACAUAGUUAAGAUUGCAACCAGUGCUUUGGAUAUCACUGAUGUAGCACGCAUUUUUCACAUAACAGUACAUUCUCAAGUAAGCAGUGUCCCAACAAUAGGACUUGUAAUGGGUGAGAGGGGGUUGAUUUCACGGAUCCUUUGCGCAAAAUUUGGUGGUUAUCUUACUUUUGGUACGCUUGACUCAGGAAUAGUUUCAGCUCCUGGUCAACCAACUAUGAAGGAUAUAUUACAUCUAUACAAUUUCAGGCAAAUAGGGACUGACACAAAAGUGUAUGGCAUUAUUGGGAAGCCUGUCAGCCACAGCAAAUCACCUAUAUUGCACAAUAAAGCAUUCAAGUCAGUAGGUUUCAAUGGAGUUUAUGUACAUUUGUUGGUAGAUGACAUUGCAAAUUUUCUCCGUACUUACUCUUCAGUGGAUUUUGCUGGUUUCAGCGUUACAAUUCCGCACAAGGAAGCUGCACUUAAGUGUUGUGAUGAAGUUGAUCCAGUUGCAAAGGCCAUAGGAGCUAUUAAUUGCAUUAUACGGAGACCAACUGAUGGGAAGUUAUUUGGGUUCAACACGGACUAUGUAGGGGCUAUCUCAGCUAUUGAAGACGGACUGAAAGGUUCACAUAAUAAUGGCAGUUCAAAUGUUUCACCUUUAGCUGGUAGGCUGUUUGUUGUUAUUGGGGCUGGAGGUGCUGGAAAGGCACUUGCUUAUGGUGCAAAACAGAAGGGUGCAAGGAUUGCAAUUGCCAAUCGCACUUAUGAUCGAGCCAGAGAACUUGCAGACACAAUUGGAGGAGAUGCUUUGUCUCUUGCUGAUUUAGAUAAUUUCCACCCAGAGGAUGGGAUGAUUCUUGCAAAUACAACAUCUAUUGGCAUGCAACCAAAAGUUGAUGAGACACCCAUUUCUAAGCAUGCUCUGGGAUCUUACUCGUUGGUUUUUGAUGCCGUCUACACCCCCAAAAUGACCAGACUCUUGAAAGAAGCGAAAGAGGCCGGGGCCACAGUUGUUAGUGGGUUGGAGAUGUUCAUUGGACAGGCAUAUGAACAGUUUGAGAGGUUCUCUGGGUUGCCUGCCCCAAAGGAACUCUUUCGAAAAGUAAUGGACGGUAGCUUGUGAGGUUUGUUUGGCUAAUUAUUAGUUUUAUAUUUACAUAUAUAGUUAUUGUCUCACCCAUGUAUUUCAAUUUGCACUCCUCAAUUGAUGUUGUUUAAGAAAUGUAUUAUAGAUGCUGUUGAGCAAGUUUGUGCACAUCUUUGUUGACAUCUUUUCUGUUCAAAUAUGCUUUAUCGUUUCUUUUUA